UAAUACAAAGUAAAAAACAUUUGCAUUCUCAGAAAUCAAUUUUGUUUUUUUCAAGCAACAUCUUCUCUCUCUCGUCCAUUGCUCAUCAGGCUUCAAUUUCCAUUGAAGGGCUUGUAAUUGAAUAGGAUUGAAGUUGAUGAGCUAAAUGUUACAAUGGAUAGUAACAAAGAUGAGGCUUUAAGAUGCAUUAGUAUAGCUAAAGAUGCAAUUUCAUCAGGCAAUAAACAGAGAGCCCUAAAAUUUAUUGGAAUCGCGCAUCGUCUUAAUAAAAAUUUAUCAUUGGAUGAUCUUCUUACUGCUUGUGAAAAUCUUGAUUCAUCGACUCGUGGUGCAUUUAACGAGGUUAAAAACGACGUUGCUAGUGUGAAAAAUGAGACAGGGGAUGUGAUGAAUUGUAGAGAGGAACAUGUAGAGAUGAUUAGAAGAAUUAAGAGUAAGAAGGACUAUUAUGAUAUUCUUGGUUUGGAGUCAAGUUGUUCAUUUGAUGAAAUUAGAAGAGCAUAUCGAAAAAUUUCGUUGAAAGUUCACCCUGAUAAAAACAAGUAUCCAGGUUCUGAAGACGUGUUUAAGAAAGUAGCAAAGGCGUUUAAGUGUUUGAGUGAUGUUGGUUCAAGGAGAGAGUAUGAUGAGAUAGGUUAUGCUGAAGAAUUCGUGUAUAGUCAGGAGUGUAAUGUUAGUGGCACGAGGAGAAGAAGAACGAGGCACGAGUAUAGUUCUGGUGAUGAGUUUGAUCCCAAUGAGAUUUUCAAGUCAUUUUUCGGUCAUGAUGAUGAUGUGUUUAGGAGAAGUACUUAUGUUUACAGGACGAGAACUGCUGGUGCUGAGCUGAGAGUAGUGGAAUUAGGUCCUGUUGCGCGUAAAUUAGUACUUUUCCUUCAAUUGGUGAUGUUUUUGUUUAUUGUUCUACUUGUAUAUCGUCCUUACUUUGGAGACUGACUAAGAGAGGAAGAAUUUUUGUUAUUGCGCCUGAAUUUGAUUAGAACUAUUGACUUGAUAUUCCUUAUAUCGAAGACCAUGUUACUGGAUAUGAACACGAGUCACGACUUCCAUUGGAAUGGAAUUGCUUCGUUGAUAUAUCUUUAUUCGUGCUAGUAUUGUCAGGCUUAGCCUUCUUACCCUAAGUACGAGGAUCCUUUCUUCGUGUAAAUGUUCAUAGGCAAAAAGGACAUUCCUUUGAUCCUGUUGACGGGAUCAGGAUCAGAAUCAGGAUCAGAAUCAGCCAGUGUCGCAGUGUGUAAGGCCCUUUCCUGAAAGAGGUUGAAACAAUGGAACAAGAAACAUUUAACGACUAACUGUGCCAACAUUCGAGAUUUUGAAGUAGCUUGAGGUCUAUUGUCUAGAUGCAUGGAACUUUCAGGUGGUAAUUGAACACUUCUCAAAUAUUUUAAGUGAUAAAGCCCCGUCUGGCACCUGUGUUGGUGAGAGGUGUAGCAUGUAUUUUGUAAAUUUAAGUAAAAGUAAGUGUAAAUUGAUCUGAACAAUACGAUUAUCCGAGAGAAAAAAAUAAGAGGAAUUUAACAAUAUAUAUCUA